AACUCGGUCGGUCAUACCCCAACCGAUUUUCUUAAAAUUCAAUUUAUAAAAUCCAAAUCAGUUUAUAAAUUGCCUACAGACGGUUUCAAUUGAUCUAAAUUUUUUGAUUAAGCAACAAUGUUAGUAUAAAUCUACAAAAUUAUCUAUUUUCUUUUGUUUUGUAUAUCUAAUUUUGAUAAUUCAUCAAAAUAAGUUUAUAAUUAAACUCAAAACUUAAAUAUUUUAUAUAGUGUAAAAUAUAUAUUAAAUAAAUUAACAAUUAGUUAAAAAACAGGUUUUAUCUAAGCUCUGAAUAAUUUGUGUAGUCUUAGGACAUGAUUAACCCGGUUUCUUAGCCGGGUUCUUAACCCAUGAUUUGAUAUUUUUUUUGUUUUUUUAAAUAUUUUUCGGUUAAGAGGCGGUUCUUAUAUUUCUUAUUUAAGAGACGGUUUUUAGCUUUUCUUAGUUAAAAUCUAAGAAAAGCUAAGAACCGUCUCUUAGCUUUUAGAUGAAGCUAAGAAUCCCCACUAAGAGACUGGGGUUAAUCAUAGUCCACUACAAAACGUCCAGUUACUAACUACCAAAAAAAAAAAUUGUCACUGAACUAACAAAUUUUUCAACAUUGGAAAUAUGUAUUCCCAUACAUGUGAAUCGUCCUGUGUACUGAGUCUGUGACUUGCAUUAAUAUGCUUCACUUGAUUUGUGUAUCACUCUAGCCUCUAACUAUAGGUAACCGAUCAUUAACGAUCACGUUAUGGAUGACACACAUUGAAUGCAAAAUAUGAGAUUUCUCGUGAUCUCUGAUUCAGACAAGACAACCAUCACAGAUCACAAAAUCUCUUAACCAUACAUAUAAAUAUGCUAUUAAUGUAAUAACUCACUUGGCUAGAGCUACAACAAUGGCUAGUUCGUCAGCUCCAUUGUUAACCCAUCUCGAAGCUGAAGAUACUUCUUCAACUUUGACGUUUGAUACCAUCGUUGAAGAAAGCUUAUCGGACUUUGGGCUCCGGCAGAUUCUACAGAUAAUGUUUAUAGGGCUUGCCUUUACGUUCGACUCCAUGCAGAUAUUCAUCACCGUCUUCACAGACGCAUACCCUACAUGGCAUUGUCUCGACCACACGAUCUGCAAUCCGGACUCGACCAACAUGUGUGGACUACCUAGGUCAGCUUGGGAUUGGGACAACGGUUUCAAGGGCAAAUCCGUCAUUUCAGAGUUCGAUCUCGAGUGCUCGAGCUCUUUCCUCAGAGGUCUCCCCACCUCUGCUUUCUACAUGGGUUCUAUAGUAGGAGGGGUUUUACUCUCCACGAUCCCUGAUGGUUUCUUGGGACGCAAGCAGUUGCUUUUCUUAUCGACUUCAACAAUGUCCGUAACUGGAAUCUCAAUCUUCUUCUCUUCCAACAUAUGGAGCUACGUUUUCUUGAAGUUCUUGGUCGGCUUCGCGCGUUCUCAGACGUGUACGUACGCGUUAGUUUUGAUAUCCGAGAGAGUUUCCACAAGGUGGAGACCUAGAGCUACUAUGAUUCCUUUUACUCUCUUUGUGUUGGGGUUUAUGUCUCUCUCUGGAAUUGCUUACCUUGCUCGUCACGCUUCCUGGAGAGUUCUUUAUCUGUGCACAUCCGUCCCAGCUGUUGUUCACAGUAUUUUUCUCCUUUUCUUCGCCUUAGAGUCUCCUCGUUGGCUUCAUCUGCAAGGAAGGAACCACGAAGCCAUUGAAGUACUCAAAAUAAUCUCACCUGAAACUAGGGCUUACUUGGAAUCAGUCUCUUCUAGGUUACUUCAACAACAAGAAACCCCAGAGCAGGCUCCAAGGUACACGAUCAAGGAUUUAUUUAUCAGAAACUGGGCUUUUCGACGAAUCAUGGUUGUUAUGAUCAUAAUGUUUGGGUUAGGUAUGUCUUACUAUGGAGUUCCAUUAGCCGUCAGAGACAUAAAACUCAACAUCUACUUAAGCGAAUCCCUAAACGCAAUGGUUGAGUUACCUUCAUUUGUCAUAACACCGAUCUUGCUGGAGAGAUUCAACAGAAGAAGAUCUGUUCUUGUCAAUGCCUUAGUGGGAGGAGCAUCAGGAGUGCUAUGUUUCUUCCUAAGCCUCUUCGGAAGAACAAAGAUUGCUUUCGGUUUAGAACUUGUUUCCUUCCUCUGUGCGAGGAUUGGAUUCAACUUGAUGGCUGUUUACAUCGUUGAGCUGUUCCCGACAUGCGUGAGAAACUGCGCUAUGACGAUGCUGAGGCAGGCCCUUGUGGUUGGAGGAGCUUGUUGUCCUAUCAUUGCUUCUGUAGGAAGACAUGUUCCAUCACUCUCUUUCGCGGUUUUCGGAUUUGCAAUGUCGGGUUUUGGGUUGUUUGUUUUGCUUCUUCCUGAGACCAAAGGGUCAAGUCUUUGUGAUACUAUGGAAGCACAAGAGCUGAGAGACCAAGCCUUGAAGAUUAGCCCUAGUUGCUGAAAUUUUAGUUCCAUAAAAAUUUCUUUUCACUAGGGCAUGUGAACAGGUGUCAAAAUUUUAGAGGCUAUAACAUUUAGUAAAA